UCCUCCUCCUCCGUGCAGCGGCGGCGGCGCUGAGUCCGGGGCUGCGGCGGCGGGCAGAGGGGAGCGGGCGGGGUUACAGCGAGGGCAGGCGGGCUCGCUCCGCGGCGCUGCCCCCCUCCCCCACUCCGGGCUGAGGCGGCGAGGGCUCCAGCGCCUGUUCCAGCCGGGGACAGGCGAGAGAAGAGCGGGGCAGAGCCGCCGGUUGCUGGCUCUAUGCUGCCCGCCCCGGCGCCAGGAGCCCGCCCCGGGGGGAUGCUGGUGCUGGGAUUGCGGCUGGGAUAACCCCCGCCGCCUGCUGCCGCUGCCCGGUCCGGACGGAGGAUGCUGCCCGGGUCGCGGGGGACUCUGACCAGAGGACCAGCCGCGGCGUCCUCUCCUCCGGCUCCGAGCGCUCGUGCUGCCCCUGGGGCAGCCGCCUCCCCCGGGGCGCGAUGACUUCAAAGCACCAGGCGGACUGGAUCCCGUACAGUGUUUUAGAUGAUGAAGGCAGCAAUCUGCGUCAACAGAAGCUUGACAGACAGCGAGCAUUGCUAGAACAGAAGCAGAAAAAAAAACGCCAGGAGCCACUGAUGGUUCAGUCCAAUGUAGACAGCCGCACAAGAACGCGCAGAAUGAAACAUUCAGAGGAACAAGCGCCAUUGGUUGAAUCGUAUCUUAACAGCAACAGCAGCACCAUUUUUCAUGUUCAGGAGGCCGAGCAGGAAGAUAUAAAGGUGGUAGCAGAUGCUCAAGCUCCAAAAUCGACUAAAAAAACCAAGGCAGCAGCUGCAAGCUGUCAAACUGGCAGCACGAGAAAGGAGAAAAAGGGGAAACACAAAGGAAUUGAUGGCCCUGCUGCAUUUCAAGAUGACAUUCAGGAGGUAGGAAGCCAAAUUCAGAUUCUUACUGUUGGGCAGUCUAGCCACAAUGAAGAUGAUGGCGAGACAAUGGCUAGUAGCCAACAAAGCAGGCAGGACCUUAGAGUAACAAUGCAGAAAAAGGAUCCCCACGCAAAUACAUCCUGGUCCACUUCCACCUCCCAAUCCAGUCUUGUGGCCCUGGAUCAUGUUCCAGGCAUUUCAAGCAGCAUGAAUUUUGAUGAAGAGGAUGAGGAUGAUGAAGACAGCUCAAGUUCCUCCCAGUUAAACAGUAACACCCGACCUGGCUCUGCAACCAGCAAGAAAUCAAACAAGGAGGCAGCCUCAGCUCCCAGCCCUUCCACAAAUGAGCCUGUCAUAGAUGUUGAUGACCUGGAGGAGUUUGCUGUGAGACCUGCUCCACAGGGCGUCACUGUCAAAUGCCGAAUCACAAGAGACAAGAAGGGAAUGGACCGAGGAAUGUACCCUACCUAUUACCUCCACUUGGAAAGGGAGGAUGGUAAAAAGGUAUUUCUAUUAGCUGGAAGGAAGCGAAAGAAGAGCAAAACCUCUAAUUACCUCAUCUCUAUAGACCCAACUGACCUGUCUCGAGGCGGAGAGAGUUUCAUUGGAAAACUAAGAUCAAAUCUUAUGGGGACUAAGUUUACAGUAUAUGACAAUGGAGUAAAUCCAAUGAAAACAACAUCAAGCCUAGAAGCAAGUAACCUGCGUCAGGAGCUAGCUGCUAUUUGCUAUGAAACAAAUGUCUUGGGAUUUAAAGGACCUCGCAAAAUGAGUGUAGUCAUACCAGGAAUGAAUAUGGACCAUGAAAGAGUUUCUAUCCGACCACGCAAUGAACAUGAAACACUUCUUGCAAGAUGGCAGAACAAAAAUACAGAGAGCAUCAUUGAGCUGCAUAACAAAACUCCGGUCUGGAAUGAUGACACCCAGUCCUAUGUUCUAAAUUUCCAUGGUCGAGUCACACAGGCCUCCGUGAAAAACUUCCAAAUUAUUCACGAUAAUGAUCCUGACUAUAUAGUGAUGCAGUUUGGCCGUGUGGCUGAGGAUGUAUUCACCAUGGACUACAACUACCCAAUGUGUGCACUACAGGCCUUUGCUAUUGCCCUCUCCAGUUUUGACAGCAAAUUGGCUUGUGAGUAAACAGGAAUGGUAGAGUCUCCACACAGCUGAGCAGUAUGCCACAAGGGAAAACAACAUGAUUCCAAAUACUCACUGGUAUCAUUUAUGGUUCAUACAAACCAGGCCAGGUAAAAUUCAUUUUUGGAAGGACCACCAUAUUGCUGGGGAGAAAAUAAUUGGAAUCUUUUAAACAUUCAGGACAUUCAGGAAAUAUUGUUUUAUCUGUUAUAUAUUUUUCUGGAAGUGGCACCAAGUUUCUGUAAAUAAAAGUCCAGUCUGAUAGUCUUAGCUAUGUUAUGGAGAGGUGCCAUGAUGUACUGUACCAUGGCUCAAAUAACACCAUUCCCAGUGGUGUCUCUUUUCUAAAUCCAUGAAACCUAUCUUAAAAAAAAAAGUCUGUUUUUAUGUUAAGAAGUAUUCAGAGGCUGUACUCAGACCUCAAGAUUGUGUUGAAUAGUUUGAACGUCACAUCACCCAACACAGAAGAAACGAUCACCAAAAAAGAUGCACUUUUUGAACAGACGAGGAUCUCGUGUAAUAUAAAACCAAGUCUGAGGGUGAAAGGCCUAUCUAUAUUGGACUGAACUUGAUUUGUUGCUAUUAUUUAUGUGGAGGAGCAGAGUGAGUUUUAAUUAUAGUAGGAGAAAAAGGAGAAGUAGACAGCACAAAAUAAUGUUGCACAAGUCACUUGAAUUCUAAGGUGUCUUUUUUUUAUGUUUUAACAUCUAUUUGCUUUUAAGUUCUGUUUCAAAUGAAAACCUAUUGGAAUUCUAGAAAGGGAAAAAAUCUGAAUGCCAGCAUUUUGGCAUGCUGGGUCUUGGGAAUUGUAUCCUUAUAUAUCCCUAUAUCAAUUCAGAUACAUAUUUUGUGUCAAGUGAUAUAAAUAUUUGGAUAAAGAUCUCUUCACAGAGCUGCAUCAUUAUUUUAAGCCAGUUGUGUGAAUGAUGAAGGAAAGUAGUAGAAAUAAUAUAUUAAAUUAGUCUGGCCUUUUGUGAUUUAAAUGUUGGAUAUUGAGUUUUGUCAAAUCUGCAGUAACAAUUUUCAUAUUUAUUUCUCAUUAUAAAAGUGCUUGAAAUCUAUUAAAAUCUAUUUUACAUUAUAAUGUAAAAGUGCCAGCUACUGAGCUAAAUUCUUCUCGGCAAAUAUAGUGUACAUUACAGACAAUUUAGAUUCAUUCAGGACAUAUAAAUAGCUUAAAAUAGGAUUUUCUUUUGUUUCAUCUUUUCUGAUAGGAUAUAUAAAUAAAUAUCAUUUCAAAAUACAAGCUGUCCACUCAGCUUUCUUGCAUUGUAAACAUCUCAAAAGUCAUCAAGGAAAGACUUUAACUAUGAGAAAUGCAUAAAACCCCAUUUAAAAAUAAUGGAGAUCCUGAGUCUUACUUCUAUUUUCCCUUACAAUAAUAUUCCCAAACUAACACAACAGUUUAUCAGAAGAGCUUUAAAUAUUGGAGUAACAUUUUAUACUGUGCUUAUAAAAAACCCCUUUUUUAUCCUUAAGAGCAUAUCUAGAUUAUAUAAUGAGAAAAUGAGAUCAGAUCUGCUUGUCUCAUAGCUUCCAGUCCCUGUGUGACCAUAGGGGACAGGCCAUUAGGACAGGUGGUGCCAUUUGGACUGUAUGAUUUCAACUAAUAAGAGAAAUAUAUUUUAUUCUGUG